AUGGAUAAUGUGGUUGAAUUGGUGAUGGCACCAUUGUCUAAUGCUCUUCUGUUGGUUGUACAAGUGCAUGUGUUGUUCUCGAUGAUGAGGCUGAAGCGUGUUUUCUUCUUCUCUGGUUUGAUUUUCUUCCACCUCUUCCACCACGUUACGUCGGUGGAUGUUGUAUCGGCAGGCAGUUUGGGGGAUGUACAUAAAUUUCACGUGAUCGCUCCUCUUUGUGGUAAUGCAAGGAAAGCAAUUGAGGCAAUGAGGCUGAUUUUAACAACAUUUGCUGGAGCUAUGUUUGGCUUCCUUUUAGGACUAAUAUUACCAAAUCUUUCAGUAAAGAUGAAUCUCCCAUCCACCUUAUUUCCUUCCAUUAAUCUUUCAACUCAAGCACUCUUCAAUGCUGUGAAUUCUUUCAAGGCUCAUAUGGUUGUCUCGGCGCCAUCUAACAAAAUCAACCGAUCAAUGAUAUGGAUUCCAACAAAUCCAAAGGGUGCCGAAGGACUUCCCCCUGGUAUAGUUUCUCCGAUGUCGGAUAUAUAUCCUCGCCGAUUAUGGGGUAAGCCAAAUGAGGACUUUGGCAUCGCACCAAAGUAUCUUGUAGCGUUUACUGUUGGUUAUACACAGAAAGAAAGCGUUAAUGCAGCUGUGGAAAAGUUCUCAGAAAACUUCACAAUUGUAUUGUUCCAUUAUGAUGGACAAACCAGUGAAUGGGAUGAGUUUGGGUGGUCAAGGAAAGCCGUUCACGUGAGUGCUCGAAAGCAGAGUAAAUGGUGGUAUGCCAAGCGCUUUUUGCACCCUGAUAUUGUUGCACCAUAUGAUUACAUUUUUAUAUGGGAUGAAGAUCUUGGUGUACAACACUUCAAUGCUGAGGAAUACCUAAAAAUUGUGAGGAAACAUGGGUUAGAGAUAUCCCAACCGGGGUUAGGUCCAUGCAGUGUCGGACGGACAUGGGCGAUGACGAUGAAGAAAGAUGGCACUGAAGUUCACAAGAACACUGAGGAGAGACCUGGGUGGUGUACUGAUUCAUAUUCGCCUCCAUGUGCAGCCUUUGUUGAGAUAAGGGUUACUGUGUUCUCUCGAAAUGCAUGGCGAUGUGUUUGGCAUAUGAUUCAGAAUGACUUGAUUCAUGGAUGGGGUCUGGAUUUUAAUAUGAGAAGAUGUGUCGAGCCUCCACAUGAGAAAAUAGGCGUUGUAGAUGCUCAGUGGAUUGUACAUGAAGGUAUUGCUACCCAGGGUCCAGGUGAGACCGGAAUGACACCAGUUGAAAAGGAUAAGGCAAAGGUGUAAGCAUGAAUGGGUUAUAUUCCAGAACAGGAUGAGAAAUGCUGAGAAAGAAUAUUAUGCUGAACUCGGUGUCAGUCCUUCCAAUUUUACAAGAUAGG